AUGGCCUCUAAAGACACCCAGAACCACAAAAGUAGAGGCCCUCCUGGCCUUCUUCCUGGAACUCCAGAUCCAGAACAAAGCCUUCAUAUUUCAUCUUUCAUCCCAAAGAACCAACUCUGGCAACCUGACCUGCCUCCGCCGGGUAGUCUGCCAUCAACAGUCAAUCUCCCUCCGGGACUGGAAUAUUUAAGUCAGUUAGACCUGAUCAUUAUACACCAGCAGGUGGAGCUUCUUGGAAUGAUACUUGGCACUGAGACCUCCAACAAAUAUGAGAUUAAAAACAGCUUGGGACAAAGAAUCUACUUUGCAGUGGAAGAAAGCAUCUGCUUCAAUCGUACUUUUUGUUCCACACUGCGUUCUUGUACCCUGAGGAUCACAGAUAACUCAGGUCGAGAGGUGAUUACAGUAAACAGGCCCUUAAGGUGUAACAGCUGCUGGUGCCCUUGCUACCUACAAGAGUUAGAAAUUGAAGCCCCUCCUGGUACAGUAGUUGGUUAUGUUGCACAGAAGUGGGACCCCUUUCUGCCUAAAUUUGCAAUCCAAAAUGCAAACAAAGAAGAUAUUUUGAAAAUUGUUGGUCCUUUUGCAACAUGUGGCUGUUUUGGUGAUGUGGACUUUGAGGUGAAAACCAUCAAUGAAAAGCUUACCAUUGGGAAGAUUUCAAAGUACUGGUCAGGAUUUGUAAAUAAUGUCUUUACAAAUGCUGACAACUUUGGCAUUCACGUUCCUGCAGAUCUAGAUGUGACUGUUAAAGCAGCAAUGAUUGGUGCUUGUUUUCUUUUGGAUUUUACAUUCUUUGAACAUUCACUGGCUGGAUUAUAACAAACAAUUUGAUGAAAACAAUAAAAUAUGCAGAGCAUAUUUCAAAACCCUUUGGGCUCUGGAUUUCAUUUCAAAAUGGUUUGAGUAUCUGCUUUUUUUUUUGUAACAAAAUGUUAAUUACGGUAUUUAUUAAAACAAAAUUUAAUGAGGCA